AUGCCAAGAAAAAUGCAAUGUGCGGGUUGCCUAACUGAUUUGGGCAUGUAUUACUUACAAUGCUCUCUCUGUAGUAAAAGUUAUGACUUGGACUGCUGUCGUAUGAAUUUAAAUGAGUAUAAAAAGCUUUCGCAUACUUACAAGACUUCAUGGAGCUGCGUCAUUUGCUGCAGUAGUCGACGCAAAGGGGGAGAUAACUCCAACACGCCAGUGCGUAGUACUCGAGCUGGUGAUUCGCAAGACGCGGAACCUCAUAGCGAGCGACAGGAUAGUAAUAUUACAAUUCGCAAUAAGGGCAAUGUUGUGACACCUGUCAGCAGCAGUGAAGGGUCUCGCUCCAAUGAAACAGAGGAAGAUACUAAGCAGUGCAAGUUGAUUGAUGCAAUUACUGAACGCGUUCUUGAAUCUAUCCGCCAGGAGCUCCCAUCAAUUUUUUCACGUGUACUAAACAAAGAGCUCUCUACCAUCAAGACUGAUAUCCAGGAACUUCGUAAGUCAGUAGAAUUUAUCAGCGAGGCGCAUGAUGAUUUUAAACUCACUAUUGAUACAUUAGUCAAAGAUAAUACCCAACUAAAAGGUGCUAACCAGCUCCUCCAGUCCACAGUUCACGGUCUGGAAGAUAGAUUAAAUAACCUCGAACAGUAUCUAAGAGAAAAUAACUUAGAGUUACAUGGUGUCCCUGAAUUUCGUUCGGAAAAUUUAACAAAUGUGUUACAACAAUGCUCGCAAUUUAUUGGACAUCAACUGAAUGACGGCGACAUAGUUGGCUGUGUGAGAGUUGCCAAGCUAAACAAAGAUAGCAAGUUUCCGAAGACAAUAGUGGCCAAAUUUAGGAGUGUUCGUUGCCGCGACGAAUUCUACUCAGCUGUGUACCGCUACAAUAAAGCUCACCCAAAUGACAAACUAAACACAAAUCACCUGGGAAUAGCGGGUGAAAAAAAGCCAGUUUAUGUCUCUGAGCAUCUGUCCCCAUUCUUCAAGAGUCUACAUGCGGCUUCGAGAAAGACAGCAAAGGAGGCUGGGUACAAGUUCGUAUGGGUGCGCAAUGGUCGCAUCUACGUGAGAAAAGACUCCGAUUCUUCGUAUAUCUACAUCAAGAACCAAGAUAGUCUAGAACUCAUACGCUAG